AGCGAGCAGUGCAGAUGAGGAGCCUGAGGACUCAGCAGAGGAUAUCAAGUCGAAAUCCAAAUGCGAUGGCGGCAAAAAAUGCUUUUGCCAGAAAUCUCCCGCAGAUCAUUCCGGAUAUCCGUGGGUGGCCUCACGUGCAGGUGUGCGGAAGUUUACAAACCAGCGUGUUCAUGCGGAUAUACGCUGCCCGGACUUUUUCGAUAUGUAUGUAUACAAUGACUUCGCAGGUUUUGGCCUUGUAGAGGUCGCGCAAAACCUGGUCUUUGAUUUUGUGGAGGCCGAAGGCGACUGGAAAGAACAGUGGGCGGUCUGUAAGGCUGCGAGUCUCUCCAUCAUGGGCGACAUGUUCAUGCCUAUAACACAAAUCGAAGAUGGAGAUCUCGCGAACGAUACAUUCUGUCUGCUUAUGGCGAUGUUCCUCACUAUGCUUCACAAGCUAGGGUCCUAGGAACUUCUUGGCCCAGAUUCGGAAGUCAAAAACCUGGGCUUGGUUAUGGCACUGUACAUAUGUACAGCUUCCGACAUGCAUGACUACGGUAUUUGCGAAGACAAUGACGAUAAGACGAACAAGGUUGCAGAGUUCCAUGACGCAGACCAAAAGAUUCUAGCCUAUGCUAAGAAAUACAACAUUGAGUUGCGCGGCCCGUCUAGCAUCGACAGUUGUGUUGAAGACUUGGAUGAAGUCGAAUUACCCCCCGCCAAAAAGGACCCUUGGGGAUGGGCUGCUGUCCUUAAGCAGUAUGAAAAUCUCCACGGAGAGCAGAGAAAGAAGCCUAAGAUUGGAGGAAUUCGACAUGACAUCACGGGGAUGAGCAGCGCAGAACACCGGGGGAGCAGCUAUGACGGCAAAGACCCUCUCAAAAAGGCAGAGCUCGACGAAAUCCAGCAGGGCAUGAUUCUGCAAAUAGCCUAGGAUCAUCGACGACAACUGGCCAGGCAAAUGACCAGACUACUCGAAGUGUACAUU